AUGCCGUCUGUAUCCACUCGACUGGGUGAAGUUUUUUACCAAACCCAAGGAGAGGGCGUACCGGUGAUCUUGCUGCACGCAACUUUGCACGACCACCACGAUUUUGAUACUAUUGCCACACGACUGUCCAAGAACUACCAUAUUAUCGCCAUCGACUGGCCUUGGCAUGGUGAGUCGAAAGGCCUGGCCACAACCGAGGCCCUGAGCGCAAUGAGCCUUGCCGACGUCUUGGAGGACAUUGUGACUACACUCAAGCUGCCGCCGGCCUUCUUCAUUGGCAAUUCUGUAGGGGGUUUUGCAGCGGCCAGGUUGGCGAUCACGCAUCCUGAAUACGUCCGUGGCCUGGUCCUAGUCAACAACGGUGGCUUUGUUAAUUGGCCCUUGUUUGCGCGGGUUUUUGCCCGACUGCUCGGCAUUCCCUUCUUCGCUCGCCUCCUGAUGCCAUUUUUAGUGCCGAAAUACAUGCUUCCGCAGACACCAGAAGACAAAGAAAUCUCACGCCGUGCACAAGAAAGGGCUCGAACGCAAUCCGGUGCGACGGUAGCCGCUGCUAUCUGGCGCAGCUUUACCGAUCCUGGUCAUGACUUGCGCAGUCGCGGGUCGCAAAUUAAGGCACCUACCCUGAUUGUCUGGGGAUCUCGGGAUCCUCUUUACCGACCUGAUGUCAAGCAGACAGUACAAGAAUACAUUCCAGGGUCACGACUUGAGGUCUUUAAUACCGGUCAUGUGGUGUUCUCGUCAAAGCCAGACGAAUUUAUGCGCGUCGUGGAGCCGUUCUUCCAGUCUGCUCUGGAAAGUCCAGAUGGAGAGCUAUAA